AUGACGAGGAGUAACACUCCUGCUCAGCCGCCCGCAAAGACCAAGCCCCCACAGCCCGCCACGAAGAAGAUGUCGGCGACAGCACCCGCAAAGAAAAAGUCGUCCGCGCACCCCACCGCCAAAGCCAGAGCGCGUGUCGGCCCGGCUUCGAUUGUGGCCACCAGGAUGUCCGACCCGCGCAUGUCCAACCCGAACAAGCGUGGCAAGAGCGGCAGCAACGGCGGCAACGGCAGCACCGCGUCAGGCAAGAACAAAAAAGUCAAGCCGCACAUUCUCGGUUUCCUCCCCGUCAAGGACCUCCCGUGCCCUCACCUACCUCCGCCGCCGAGGCUCACCAACCGCGCGAUUCAUGACCGCGUGUAUGGCGGGUGGGAACUGCAGGGAAACGUGCCCAAGCACUCCAUGGAGCUCGCCGGAGACCGCACGCUGGAUCUCAACAUUGUCUUGGGUAUUGACCGGCGCUGCCCAGACCUCCCUAUCUGGCUGGCGAAUCAACUCUUGGUGGUGUUCGGAACCAACAGCUUUCUCGCUGCCGUCUGCGACAGGCUCGACCUCACGCGCGGGCUCUUUGGACCGGCGGUCGAGCAGUGCCCCGACUUUGGCUCCAACGAUGGCGUAAAGUGCGGCCACGUCGAGGUGUUUGUGAUGGGCCUGCACGAGUCCAACGGCCCAGAGGCCGCGUACAAGUUUUUGUGGACCAUCUUUGAGGCGUAUGGACCGUUCAUCCUCAACCGCCUUGUCCAAAGCCGCUUUGCGCCCAAAGAGCCCAUCCCGGCACAGUCUCUGGCCCGCUGGAAGGACGCGCUCUUCACGCCUCGCGAGGCCGACAGCGCGUCGCACUCGCACCCGCACGGGCACCGUGACGGGCCGUGGCUCAUCGACGCGCUCCACCUGCAUGGUCAAGAGAUGGGCCGCCCAUUCGAGCUUGUGCGCACGGAACAUGAUUCAGGCGAGCACCACUGCACCGUCGUACAGGACACUCUCGCUGUGGCUACUGCUCACGCUGCGACCCGGUACGCCGCGGGCCUUCAGGCCAUCUCCGCGACCCUAACCCAGCUCGACUAUUUCGGCCGCCACGCCGUCGACCUCCUCUACUCGCACUCUGAGACGUCGGGUACCGAGCUCGAGUUUAGCGUGAGCAUGGAUAAGCGGACCGGCGUAUGGACCGCGUUCGUGCACUGGGGCAACGGGGACGAGUCUCGCGUCGUCGGACGCGGGAUGCGUGCGAGCUCGGUCGAGGCGCAGAACGCUGCGGCUGUGCUGGCUGCGCGCCGCCUGGGGCUGUCGCUGGUCGAGUUUGCUCAUAAAAACAGCGUGGGUCUGGAAUAUCCAGGGGGACAGGGGACUGACCAAAAGAACCCCAAGGCUGAGGAGAGCACUACCGAAUACACGGUGGAAAUUGUCCUCGGCUAG